CAGCCUCUGGAGCUGGAGCUGGAAUCAGGCCUCCUGCAAGCUGUCCUGUACAGCAUUUUUACCAUGUGUCCAGAGAAGGACACCGCUCACUUCCGGGCUCUGCCCAAGGCCUAUGCAGAUAACUUGGACAUCAUGCUGAGGACAUCAUGCCUGGACAUCAUGCUGAGGAGCCUGCUGAUGGAAAUGCCCACCACGGACAAGCUGGAGCACCUCUUGGAGAACGUCAAUUUCCGGAUGCACUCCAGAGAGAAGCAGAAGAAAGCCAGGGCCAUACAGAGCAGCACUGCCCUGCUGCGAUUCGCUACCUGCCUCCUGGGAUUUGAUAACUCAUCUGACUUCCCCAAGGUGGGCUACCUUGUGGCACAGCUGGGUCUGUAUAUCACUGACCCAGCAGAUGACAUCAGCCGGCAAGCCAGGGGGGAAUUUACUUACUCUACCAGCUACUGCUGCGGAAGAGGGGGCUGAACAUCAGAGAUGCCAAGGAGCUGUGGUGCCGGGACGGGCUCCAGGACAUAAAGCGCUUUGGCUACAGGAAUAUGGCCAGGGUGGGGGAGGAAGAGAGUCCCCAGAUGAGGAUGCGUGGGACUUGAACCCAGGUCUCUAGGGCUCCAGGUGGGCAGUGCCUGGGAGUACCCACAAGUCAUCUGGGCAACAAGGCAGACCCCUGCCCUGAUGCUGAGACAGUGUCCAUCUUGUUCCUGGUUCCUGCCUGCGUACACCGCCCUGCCCUGCCUCCCCUCCGGUUCCUGGCUGUUGACUCUGUCUUCACCCUCGGCUCUGGUCUCUCGCUGCUGAUCUUGGCGUGACCCUUGGCUCUCAAUGUGGGCUACCAACUCUGGCUCAGCAUUGUCAGUCCCCUACUCUAGCCUUACUCCAGCCCCACCACUGACCUGCUCCAGCCUUGCCUCCUCCUCCUGAUCCUUCCCAAGCCCUCGGACUCUGACUACCUGGCUUCGACCUUCUUCCUGUAUCUGGACUCUGGCUUGGUAUCGACUUGGCUUAUCUUUGGACUCUGACCACCCAGCUUCAAUUUCUGGCCUGCACCUGGACUCUGGCUCCGGUUCUGAUUCUGGUUUGUCUACAGACUCUGAUCUCGGUUUUGACCCGGUGUGUCCCUGGAUCGUGAUUCUAGCACCAUUCUUAGCCUAGGCAUAAUCCUAUGCCUAGCUACUACCUAAGCUCCAAGCACUAGACGUAAUUAUCGGAGGCAGCAUGUGAUACCUGGUGGUGCAACUGUUUGCAGAAAAGCAGGCUUCCCGGAAGUAAGUGGCCUGUACACAAAAGGGGACACAUCACACCAAGUGUGAACACUGGCCUCGCUAUCUGAGCCUGUGGUGCCCCUACCAGAGUGGUUCAAUGGAGACUGAAAAUGUAGGGGUUUCCUUAACCAGCCUCCGCCCCUGGACCUACUCUUCCAUUCUUGGCUCUGACACCCGACCAUAAAUAAUCCUGAUUACCAUAAAUAAUCCUAGUAUUUAUGUGGACAUCUUUGAAAGAAAGGCGGACAUAUUGCCUCUGCACUGAGACUAUGACUGCCCUAUAGACCUACAACCUUGGCCGAAAGUUGCCUUUGGCCGUAUUUACGCAAUGUCCGAACCAAAACUAGUGGCUCUCCUGUGUACAGCCAUGAAAACCGGUCCAAAGGGUUUAUUCACUAGUAAGCAUUUCCUACAGGUGCCCCAGCUGACUCUACCCCUCUGUGUAGAUUACCAGCGCCUGAACAAAGUGACAGUUUGGAACCAUUACCCCCUGCUCUUAAUCCCAGAAUUGUUGGAUCACAUGAAACCUGCACAGGUAUUCAUCAAACUAGACCUCCAAGGACUCACAAUCUAACCCUCAUUUGGGUGCGGGACAAAUGGAAGACAGAUUUCAAAACACGUUAUGGACACUUUAACUGUCUGGUAAUGCCAUUGGGACUGACUAAUGGUCCCAUGACCUUGCAACACUUCAUCAGUGAUGUAUGUGGGGACAUUCUGGAUCAAUACUUUGUCAUCUAUUUAGAUGACAUACUUCUCUUUUUGGAGAACUCAGAGCAGCAUGUGCCCCACAACAGACCCCAGAGAGGUUGUGGCAGCAUGGUCUCUAUACAAAAUUGGAAAAGCGAACCUUCAGCCAACUCUCCACAGAGUUUUUGGGGUAUAUCUUCUCCCCAGAAGGAGUUAAGAUUGAUCCAAAUAAGGUGGAAGUCAUUCCCAACUGGGAGGAAGCUUGAAGUACUCAAGAAGAGCAGUGCUUUCUAGGCUUCCCCAGUUUUACUGCUGCUUUGGCCCAGGCUUCUCAGAGUGAAUAACCGACAUGAUAGCUCUCCUCCACAAGACUGCCACAUUUGUUUGGUCUCUCAAGGCCCAACAAGCCCUCAAACAGCUCAAAAUUGCCUUCACCGCUUGCACCUAUUCUGGCACGCCCCAAUCCAAUUGGCGCAUUCAUCAUGGAAGUUGACACAUCUAAAAUAACAAUCAGGGCCAUGCUCGCUCAGCACCUACUGGGCAACUCCCAUCUUUUCAUGUGCUGUAUAUUUAUACCUGCCUACUGUUUUUUUUUUUUCAUUCCAUUCAUCUGAUGAAGUGGGUUCUAGCCCAUGAGAGCUUAUGCCCAAAUAAAUUUGUUAGUCUCUAAGGUGCCACAAGGACUCCUCAUUGUUUUUGCUCAUACAGAGUAACAUGGCUACCCCUCUGAAACCUGCACCCCUGUGCAUUCCACUCCUGGAGGCUCACCCCACGGACCAAAACUAGGAGAUCAUUGAUAAUUAGUUGCUUCUGAUUAAAUCCUCAUUUGAAGACUGGUGUCAGUAGCUGAAGGGGACUUGAUACCCAGCACAAGUUUUGUACUGAUCACAAAAGGCUCCAGUAUCUGCACAAAGCCAAAGUACUGAAUCAUGAACAAUUCAGCUAGACCUUAUUCUUCUCCUGCUUCAAUUUCAAGAUUACUUAACUUCCCACCCCGAACUAAGAAUGGCCAGGCCGACGCCCCAUCCCCUAAUGCAGAAUAUAACCAAGAAGAGAGAAAGCUAGUCAGAAACAGCCCUUCAUCCUCAAGCCCUACAAUGUGCUUAACACUACCAUACCUCAAGCUCUAAUUAAUUCCCGCUGGCCAGGGAAUGGGGGAUCCCUCUGGACAAUCAGGAGCUGAGAAUGAGAAACAACAUUCCCUGUGGGACACGAUAACAUUUACUGAGGGCAAUCUGUAUGUUCUGCCAGGAUGUCCCCGGUUGAAGGUUCUACAUCUGAACUGGGACAGCUCCCUAGCAGGGCACUUUAGAUGCCUCAAAACCUCCUGCCUAACUUCCUGCUUCGUUUGGUGGUGCCGGAUGUGGGCUGAAAUUCAAACUGAUGUUGACUCAUGUGACUUCUGCACUUGCACCAAGACACCACACACCAAAUAUCUUGGCACCUCAUGCCUCUGGAGACCCUGCCCCAGCCAUGGGCAGCCAGUGCCAUGGAUUUCAUUGCAGAACUCCCUGAAUCAAAUGGCCGCACGGUGGAACUGACUAUCAUAGAACAACUGACCAAGAUGGCACGCUCCAUCCCCGAAACCGUGUACCUGUGGCUGAGAGGACAGAUCAGCUCCAAAUUUGCAAACCAAAAUGCCAGCAACACCUUUUUUUGCUAGCUAUAGAUUUCCCCCUGAUUUCAUCCCACACUACCAAUGGCCUCUCCGAACUUCAAGGCUAGCGAUUUGGUUCAACGAAUCCAUCACAUUCAAGUGGGCACCUCAAGGACACUAGGAAGGACUUCAAAUAAUAUGCGGCCUGCCAAUGACAGAACGGGCCAGUCUUUUCAGAAGGGAAACUAUUUGCUGAAGGGAGGUACUGAGCCCUUGGCACUCACCGAAUUCCUAAGCCCCAUGUGUGGCAGCAGUUCCUGCCUCCUCCCCCUUCCUUGACCUUCUGAUCCCAUCCUCCUCUCCUGGCUGUAGUGGAGCAAACUCUGGGUUCCUUCCCCUGUGGCACAAUCCAUGCCCAGAGUAUCCGAGCCCCAUGAAGUCAAUGGCACUAUCCUCUCCUCACCUCCUGGGGAGGAGAGGACACUACUACCCCCAUUUUACAGAUAGGGAAUGAAGGCAAUAAAGUGACCUCUCCAAGGUCACACCUACAAACAUGGGGUAGAUCUGGGAACUGGACUGGGUUCUAUUCUAGUGCCCUCCCCACAGGGGCAGCUUCACUUCCUGCCCUUCAUUCACCCCUCCCCUCUUGGCCUUUCUUCGAUGGGGUCUCUGAACAGGAAAUGAGCAGGAGCUUCCUCCCCUCUCUGUCUUCCAGGAUCUGGUCUUGCCUCCUACAUCAAUGCAGCCUGCAGCUGGCCCAGCUUGCGGCACAAUGACCUCAACCUGUCAAACCGAGACGUCCUGGCUCUCAGUGAUGCUUAGAUGGAAAACCACACCCCCUUCACGGAGGUAGGAACCACUCACUCAUCUGGGUGAUUGUGGCUCUUGGGACAAAGAUCAGGCUGAGAGCAUCCCUUAUCUCUGGAUCCCAGCCCUGGGACUGAGACGUUGUUCUCAUUGUACUGUGUUGAUUCUAUUCCUAGGAAAAGCAUCCCCAAAGGAGGUGUAAGAAACUUCACUCUAUUGCCUGCAAGAAGCUUCAGCCACCUACACAGGUAGAGGUCACUGUCUUUCAUACAAUGUCACCAUUGCGCUCACCCCCACCAUUAGAUACUUUUCCUAUGGGAAUCUCACUAGAACAGGGGGGAAAUCUCUUCUUCUCUUAGAAUGUGUCUGCUCAGUUAAUCCACCCUCAUUUUAGCUGCUUUGUUUAUCCGAGAUUAACGGUAUCUUUUGAAAACCCUUAGUGUGUGGGGGUGGGGUGGAGCAGGGGAGACUGAAGCUCCAGCAGAUUCCCCUGAAGAACACCACCCUGUCUUUCUGUGGUCAGGCUAGGGUUCACCGUCCAUUGUGGCGGUGAAGACUGGAUGGGAGCUGCUGGAUUGGCCUUGAUAUGCCAUGUCCUUGUGUGGAUGAGGGACCUACAUCACAGAAAUGGCCAGGAAUGGGCUGAACAACAUACAUUGAUAAGCAAGUAAAACCCUGGCCACAUAUAGACAUGACAGACAUUGAUAGGGAUUGAACCAGAAUCCUUCAGAACAAGCCCCUCUCACUCAAGCUAAAGGGGUCACUCUAGGAGCCUAGGAGAGCUACUGGGUGAGUCUGAUGAAAUGAAUAGAAAGGGGAGCCAGAGCUGAAGUUGAUGAGCCCUUCGCAGUAGCAGGAAGAUGCUGCGGGAAGGUGUGUCAGUAAGAUGGGAGUGGGAGAGGAGGGGAUGACUGAGGUGGAGAUGUUUGCAAGGGAGAUGUUUGCAUAGGGAGCUUUGCAUGUGAGAAGGAGACGUCUGAGCUGGACAUGGAAAAAGUCAGCCAGAGCCAGACUUGGGGAAGUGAGGAAGACAGCACCAGGAGAGGAAGAUCAUCUCAGCAGCUGCAGUUUGGGUGGCUGGCAAGGGGAGGAGAAGUCACCAGAACAUGAUCCGGGAUCUUCUCAGUAGGAAGAGCCUGGAUACACUGUCAAAGAGAUCAGCCCCAUUUUAACAGAGUGAGGAACAGAGAUGGAGUGGUGAAGAGUUUCCCAAGACCUAAAAAGGAGGCUGAUUGCAACUCUGUUCUGAUUCUAAGUCCUGUGCUUGGACCACACUCCAGUGUAACCAUCUGUAAAUUAAUGUCCCACCUGAACAACAACCAGCACUGCCGCUGUCUGUCCUGGAGCAGAAAACUGAGAAUCUUGCAGGAGCUUCCUCAGGUCAGUGUCAACCAAGAGUCUGUCUGACGCAUUUGACGCCUCUUAGAAACGGCUGCUCCAUGUAAGGGCAUGGGGGUUGCAAAAACCCUCCGAUGCACAGAGCUCUGACUAUCAAGGUAUGACAUUAUUGAUAUGAACUGUGACCAUACAGAUCAUUGCUGCAAUCAAGGUCCUACAGUUGCACCAAAUCUUGUACAAAGGAGGUCAAGUAAGGUGUCUAUAGAAAGGUUGUAAUUUGCUGGUUAUGAUUAUGCUAUCUGUAUGUGUGUAUCAUUUUUGUAUUUGAAGUUAUGAAUAUUUGUUAUGUACUUGUAUCUCAAUAUAUUUGAUUCUAAGUAGCCUCAGUGAAGCAUUUGGUCAGCUCUUUGAGAAAGGACUAUUCUGAGUAAGUGCCCUGGAAGGCCCUUAUAAAAGGCUCUGGAAGCUCCUCCAUUUUGUCUUCAGCUGGCUGAAGAGAUGGCCUCUCCACCCCCAAGAGAUACCUGAAAGAAACUGCAACAAAGGUCUGUACCUACAGGGGUGUGAGUGAUUGCUGGACCCAAGCUAUAAACCACAAUGUUGAUCUGAAAAGGAUUGGGCCCAGAUUAGGAAGGAGUCUAGUCUGUGAAAGAAGCUUAUUGGGACAUCUCUGAGGGUGAGAUUUACCUGUAUUCAGUUUCAUACUGUAUUAGGCUUAG